UUUAUCAGUUUUGGUGCGCAUUGGGCACAUAAAGUCUAAAUCUUCAGCUGUACAUAGUUCACAGGCCCAUUAUUCAAAUUUCAUCCAAUUUUAAUAUUUUAAAUGAUUUUAUUACGUUUUAAAGUGUUUUAUGUCCAUUUUUAACCUGUUCCAAGAAAGCUCAAUGUAAUUUGUAUUACAAGAUGGGGUCUCAUAUUAGGCAACUCAUGGGGUCUCAUAUUAGGAAAUCAGUGUUUUUUUUUUGAUUUCCUCUAAAUCCAUAAAAUCAUAAAAUGAAUCACCAAACAUGCCAGAUUCAUAAAAUAUAACAUCUUGGCUGCACAUUUAUGUAAAGAUAUUAAAAUUACCUUGCCUAGUUCCGAAAUAAUGCGUCCCCAAAUACACCUCUAAAAAUAUUUCACGAAGUAAAAAAAAUGUUAUUGGCAAUGUAAUGAAAACAUUUCACAGAAACUUGCCAGUUGAAAGGUGCAGCCUAGUUAUUGACAAAUACCUAUUAGUACAUGCAAUCAGCGCUGGAGUGGGCUAAUAAACAGCUGAGAAAUCGAAGGGUCUCAUAUUAGGCAGGGUCUCAUAAUAGGGCAGGUUACCUUACGUGUUUGCGCCUUCAAUUUUGAAGAUAGGCAAUUUGUCAUCAUUAUCUUUCUGUUCGUCUAUUUGAGCACUCAUCGGUUAUUGAAGUCAGUUCAACAUUUUUGGGCAAAAAUUUACUAAUUUUGAAAAAUCUGCCAAAGAUGAGAAAAUGUUUGAAUUAUUUAAAUGACUUCACAGUUCACUAACUCAUAUAGUACUUGAGUGGGCGAACAAAAAAAGUUAUCAUGACAAAUUUCCUACCUUCAAAAUUAAAGGGCAAACUCAAUUUGAAAAUUCAAAAUUUUCCAAAUCUAGGGCACAACAAAUUUGGAAAUUUUGAAUCAAGUUUGGCCCUUCAUUUUUGAAGAUGAAAAAUUUGUCAUAAUGACAUUUUUUGUUCGUGCACCCGAGUACUACGACUACUACGAGUUACUAUGUGCAUGAUUUAAAUUAAAUGAUUCGACCAUUUUCUUAAAAUUACUAGUAAAUUUAGAGUUUUUCGAAGCUCGCUGCUCGUGGUUCCUUCAAUUCACAAUACAGGUAACCAAUCAUAAUAACGUUUUUUUGUAUAUCUCCUCGAAUACUAUCUACUGUUGAAUUUUGGUAGACGAUUUUCGGAACACCCUGUAUAAGUAGAUCAAUUACCUCGUACAAAAAACGUUCGUAAUUCAAAAUACUGUUGUAGAUUUAAGCUCACUAAAGCUUUAUAGUGCGUAUUACGUGUUAACGGUAUCAGUUCUUUUAUUACUCGUAUUGUCAUUUAAUCGAGCUAAAUACUCUCAUAUUUAAUUAUCUUAAGGUUGGUUUAUGGAAACGUACAGUAUAAUUUCGAGUUUAAACUUUGUAUGUCGUUUGUAGAAGAUAACAUUUUCAUCGAGUUCGUUCUUCAAAUUCAAAUUCAGUUAUGAUUAAAAAUAUACCCAGUUUCGUGAAAAAUAUAACAAUCGAACCGGCGUUUUUAUUAUACACCGCUACCUACGUUAUCGCCGAAUUAACAGGUAUAAAUUUAUUUAUUCAGAAAAAAUGUCGAGUCAACAUCACAUCGGAGCCGGACCUAAGCACACCUUGCGAUGAAGAAAAACAAGGAAUAGUAUUCGCCUCUGAAAUGAUCACAUAUUUACGUUUCACGAUGCUUUUUUUAUGCACAUUGUACGGUGCUAUAGCAAUGUGCUGGAGUGACGAGGCUGGUCGACGUCGAAGACCUUUAAUUUUCCUGCCCAUAAUCGGGCUAAUUCUGCAAUCAGUGUGUGGCUGCUUUCAUUCCUAUUACUGGACAUGGGAUCCCUUCUACGGUGCUUUGUGCAAUGUAAUAUGCGAGGUAAUAUCUGGAGGAAUACCAUUGAUGACGUUUGCUAGUCAAGCCUACGUAUGUGAUGUAUCAGAAGUGAAAAGUCGUACGAUGAGGUUAGGGGUUUUUUCAGCAGCUAGAACGUUAGGAGAUCUUUGCGGAUUUGGAAGUGCUGGAUUCAUACUUCGGAGAUUUGGAUUUUUCUACACGCAUUUCAUAUGUUUUGUGUUAUGUUUGGUUACGUUGAUACUAGCUGUGAGUUUUGUUAAAGAUGUAUCGGUGCAAGUUGAAAAGAAACGUCAUUUUUGGCAACAAAUCAAUUUCUUGCAAAUUUUCAGUAGUUUUAAAGUAGUUUUUAAGAAAAGUCUGGGUGGUAAAAGGUACAUCGUGGCAAUGCUGCUGAUUAUUUACAUUAUGGUGUUCUUCUCUACGCAGGGAGAAAAUUCAGUCCAGUAUUUAUUUCUACGCUACAAAUUUCAUUGGGAUGAACGUGAUUACAGUUCGUACGUAAUUUAUAGGUACAUCGGAGUGAUUCUAGGCAGUGUGUUCUGCUCAGUUGUACUGAGUAAGCUGCUAAAACUUCACGAUGGAGUGAUCGGUACAUUGGCUGCAUUUUGGGAUACGUUAGCAGCUUUUGGAUACUUAUUUGCUAGUCAAAAUUGGCAUCUUUAUGUUGUUCCUUUAUUUGAUGUAUUUCAUGGCGCUGUUUUGUCCGUGAGUCUUUCAUUUUUCAGUAAAUAUUACGCACCAGAUGAAUUAGGUCGUUUAAUCUGUGUCGUUGGUGUAUUAGGGUUGGUGAUUCCAGUUUGCUAUCCUGCCUAUAGUACAAUUUUUCGAGAAACUUUGGAUUUUUUCCCUUCGGCGUACUUUGUGUUGAGUAUUGCUAUAAAUAUCAUCGUAGUUUUCUUAUACAUCUCAACGUAUUUUUUGAGUGAGAAAUUGAACCAACAUGAAUCAACUCGGAAUGAAUAACUGGCAUCAUGAUGAAUUGAUGAAUAUUAAACAGAAUCUAUACUUAGAACACCAACCUACAUAGUACAUAGAUACUUCAAAAUGACAAUACAAGUAAUGGGUAUAGGUAUUUUAAAUUACCAUUUGUCAAUAAAAAAUUUGUUUGAAUAGGAGUUUAUUUUGAGAAACGUAUAGGUACCUAUCUAAAAUGUUUAUUAGGGUGGUCUUUGUUUUGGAAUUCCGCUUUUUUUUUCACAAUUCCAUGAUCAAAUAUUUUGAUUCCAAGCUAUACCUUUUCAAGAAAAAACCUUCUUCUGCCUCCCAAACCAUGUUGGUCUUCUUUG